AUGCUCAAGAAAGAGGUCCUGGUCACAUAUACCUUCUACCCCUCAGGGAACCAGGACCUGCGAAAUGCCGUCGCUGGGCUUGAGGAGCAGUUUCCGCUGCGUAACCUUCACUGGAAGAGCAGCACGCGGCCGGCACUCCGUACGAUCCAGGAGGUCGAUAUCAAGUUCAUUGAGCUCGGCGAUGUUGCGCCGGCCAAAGGGACGGUGUCGGCCAGUGUGCUUGACACGCCGCUUGUGAACGUCUGCUUCGUAUCCUGUGAUGACGACAAUGUGUAUAAGAAUAACACGCGAUCAUUCAUCAAGGACUGGCUUGCGCUGCUUCAGUCCAGGAAGAACGGACACACUUCUGUGAUUGUGCUGGUGAACGCACCGACAGCGACCGGCGCUGCGCCGAGCUCGAAGAAUGUAUUCGGGCGCGACAAGGGGAUCAUCGCCAAACUAAAGGCUGAUUUCAACCACAACAAGCGAGACAUCUGCGCGCAGAUCAAUCUCCCGCCAGCGGGCACAACAGACCCGGCCGCGUGGCCGGAUGUCGUUAACAAGCUCAAAGAGAGCUUGUUGAUUGCGUUCGACAGUGCGGUGGUCGAGCGAGAGGAGGAGGUCAAGCGAGGCGAGGCGCAGCGCGUCACCGUCGGCUGGAACUUCUGCACUUGGUUCCUUCUGAAGGAAAGUCUGGCCAACUCGUUCGAGGGCGUCAAUCUGUACGAGGACGCGCUGGUAAUCUACGAGGAGCUUGAGGCGGCAUUCCUUCAGGUGCAAAAGGAGCAGAAUCUGAGCUGGUUUGGCGCCCUCGGUGGAACUGGCCCGCGAGACGACUCGCUCCCCAUUCUCGAUACAGACGCGAAACCAUACCGAGACUUGCUCAUCCAGAGCAACAUCACUGUCUUCGACUUCAGGGUAUACGUGUUUGCCCGCCAAUGCCAGCUGCUCGGGAAGAUUGGGCGCAUCACAGAAAUCGCCAAGCGCGGGCAGUGGUUUGUCGCGAGCUUGGCAAGACGCUUGCGCGAGGCCAAGGGCGACCUACCCGAGUUCUUCAUUGAGAGCUGGACAUUCACUGCGUGCAUGGACCUCGUGGCGCGCUGCGACGAGUGGUCCCGCCUCGACCGUCCGAGCGGCGACUACUCUGGGUUGAUAGCGUACGAGUCGGCGCGCUCAGAGCUACUCGAUGUCGCGCGGAUACAGGUCGAGCGCAUCGGUGUGGCGACGGGAAAGCUGCCGGACCGUUAUCCUUACAAGGCGGCGGCAGAUGUUUCGGAGGCCGAUGAUGAGAAGUUAUAUGCUGCCUCCGAGACAGGUAGCAUCGUGAACCCAGACGCGGACCCGGCGUCACCUAGACCGGCGCUGUCGAACCAGACGUUCAUGGACGCUAUUAAAAACGAGGAGGUUUUCUUCAACCUGUAUGAGGACUACUCAAGGCAAGCGCUACAAGCGUAUCAGUCUUGUGGAAAGGUCAACUCAAUGAUCCGGAUCAAGACUGGACUUGCUGCGCUCGCGCUGUACGCAGAACAUUAUGACCCAGCGUUCGAAUACUACCGCUCGCUCGCCAAGGAUUGCUUGGAGCUACAUGUGUGGGACCGUGUGACCAAGUUUGCGCUUGAAGGUGCGCUGAUGUGUCAUGCCAAGCUGGGGAAAGAGCAGAAUGCGCAAUGGGUCGCCUGGGCACUCGAGUAUCUUAACGCUUGCGCGGUGACCACCGCGGCGGAGGGCGAAACGGCUCAGCUUGAAGCCACUACAGCCGCACUGCGAGUCCUGACGGAAAGGCGACAGGUGCCAAACGCCAAUAUCUUCAAGAUGAGGAUACUAGACCACGCUGCCGAGCUCGAUCAAGAUGUCAGUUUGACGUACCUCAAUGUCGAGGUAGAAAACACGCUGCCAGUCAACAUGGCUGUCGACAAGGCCGCGCUGGAGUUCGACUCAGACAUAUUUGAGAACAUUACUUACGCGACGGACCCAAUGGAAUUCAAGCCGGGGAAGCAGGUCGUCAAGUUUUACUGCUCAACAUCCAUCGCCGGUCCAGUCACUCUGCGUCAGACUGUCGUCACGUUCGGUGCGAUCUCGUUCAUCGCUGCGUUCCCCAAGAAUCAGCUCAUCGUCCCGGUGCACCGGAACCUUCUGGGGCUGCGGACCGUGUUGCGCAUGCCUACGCUGAUCGACUUGGAUCAGGAGAAGAAGGUUGCCCUCGAAGUACACGCCGGGAAGCAGGCGGUCGCGGCGGCGAGACUUGUGGUUGCGUCACAGAUGGAGGAGGUGGGCUUCAUGCUGGAGCACGCGAGCUGUGAAGGGCGACAACUCGACCUCUCCUCGCAGAGCAUCGGAAUUGGAGACCUGGCGGCCGACGAGAUCGUUACGAUCAGCGUCCCCUUUGCGGGGCUGCCGAGAGGCGACCUUGCGAAGACCCAGAUUGUGGUGCAAUACGAGACCUCGGGUGGCCGCGUGUGCACGUACAUCGACCAGCAAACGAUCGAUGUCGGGCUGCCGAUCCUCGUGAACGUGCAGGAUUUCUUCAGACCGGAUGUUCUAGUGUCAAGCUUCACGAUCGCCUCGGACGGGCGGGAAUACGUGCGCGUCGGCUCCGUCGAACUGAAGACGCGUGACCCGUUCUCCAUAGAGCCUUGCCGUCCAAAGUGGGACGAACCACUUCUCGUGACGCCGACGCAACCCAUGUCCUGUCUCUUCAAGGUGCGCCCCAGCGGCAGAGUAUCGUCGGGCCAGGCCGUUGGCCUUCUCAUCAAGUACCAGACCGUGACGGAAGAAGUCGACCUUCUAUCCCAAGCGGCGCUGGACGCGCUGCCCGAUUCCUGCGCCAAGCUCGGCCGCGCCGUGCGGAAUCACAUCGAAGACCGCCCUGCGUGGCUGCAGCCAUACCUCCUCUCGUCAGAUGUGCGAGACAUCUUCGACGAUCGUUGGCGCCAAAGUGUCUCAGAUCUUCCGCAGCGCACCGUGGACGCAUUUAUCUCGGCGCUGCAGCCCUCGGUGCCGCAGUGGAGAACGCUGCGCGUGCCCGUCGAAAUACCGCUCCGCCGCCUCCUGACGACGGUGACGCUCACGCUGUCCGGCGCCCCGAUGGCGAUCUACGAAGGCCGCGCACUCGCGUUCGACCUCGAGCUCUCCACUUCGCUUGCGUGGCUCGGCGAACCGCCGUCUGAGAUGAUUGUGUCUUACGAGCUCACGGCAAAUGCCGAGGACUGGGCGAUAGCGGGCAAGAAGCGCGGCGUGUACGUAGCCGACCCGGCAUCUCCUCAGCGGCAAAGCAUUGUCCUCGUCCCCGUACGCCAUGGGUCGCUCGCCCUCCCGCCCGUGUCGGUGCAACUCGUGAACGGCGGUGGCAUUGUGUGUGAGACGUACAUUGCCAACGCAGCACAGGGUGUUAAGGUUCUCCCAAGCCGGACGGGGAUGACCACGCUCGUGCCGAUCCAGAGGUGGGAAGAGCAGUAAUGUGCGCACCGCGUCAGAUAACCAUACCCAGCAUCAGAUGUAACCAUGUACUAGUUGAAAACAUGCAUGCAAAAUGAGUCUAAUACAG